AUGUCAUUCGCUGAUUACAUGUCAAAACCUACAACGGCAGGAAGCCAACAAGACGGGACUUUGAAUAAGCAUUUCGCAGACUUUGCAAGCCAUAUCAACCAUCUGCAAAAAAAAAGUCAACUUUUGGGCACAAAACGGGACUCACAGGACCUUCGUUACUCUAUUGAGACGGAGAUUAUUCCACAAUGCGAAACACUGAGGGACGAAAUCGAGGGAUCACUCAAAACCAAAACAUCAAACGGGAAACUGGCGUCUGAUUUCGCCGGAUUGAAAGACGAGCUUUUGCUCAGUAAAAGACAUUAUUAUGGGAAGAAGUCACGACAUCCUAUCCAAGCUAAACCCGCACGCACAAACUCUGCGUCCAAAGAUUCGGGCUACAUAUCGAUGCCUAUGGCAGAAGAUACAGACAAAACACCGCUUCUGCAACGACAGAAUCACAACCAGCGUCUUGAAGUGCAGCAGCAGGUGCAGUCUCAAACUCAAACUCAAUUGCCAGAAGAUGAGCUGAAUUUCCACACUCUCAUUCAACAAGAGAGAUCUGAGGAGAUCGGACGAAUACACUCAGCAGUCCAAGAGGUAAACGCCAUUUUCCAUCAGCUAGGGUCCUUAGUACGAGAGCAGGGUGAGGAUAUUGACACAAUCGAUAACAACAUAUCGGGUCUAUCAGGAAAUUUACAGCGAGCCAACGAACAGCUGGGUAAAGCAGAACGGUCGCAACGCAAAAGAAACAGAUGUGGCAUAAUAUUUUUAGUCGUGAUCGUUGUGGUUGUACUGAUAGUCAUUCUGGCAGUUCUAGGAUAA